AUGGACCGCCUAUUCCUCCUCCUCAAACCGGACGCGGCCGCGCACGAGCCGGAGAUUGUGUACAAGCUGGGGCAGGCGGGGUUUAAGAUCUUUAAUCGCCGCCGCACCCGCCUAACCCCCACACAAUCGGCCGAAUUCUUCUCCGACUGGUCCUCCGACCCCGACUUUGACGCCCUGCUCGCCUACACGACCUCCGGGCCCGUCGUCGCGCUCGCCCUUCUGCGACACGACGGGGUGAAUGCUUUAAAACGAGUCGUUUUCGGUGGGGCGGCGGAUGAGGGCGAUCAUCCACCCGCUGGUGAGAGUCUGAGCGCGCUGUACGCCAGCCGCCACACGAAGCGCACAUCCCCCACCACGGGAACCACAUCCAACGACCCAACAGAUCCCCAGGCACCCACCGACGCCGCGGCCGAUGACGACGACGCGCUGCACGACGGGUUCUACAUCCCCACCUCCCCCGAGACCGUCGAGCGCGACCUCCGCUUCUUUUUCCCAGACACACCGGUAAACCCACCCCCCACAUCGGACACCGCCAAACAGAUCCUCGAAACGACCGUGUACCCGACCCUGCUGCAGGGGCUGACGCAGCUGUGCAAGGAGAAGCCUGCGAAUCCCACCGUGUGGCUGGGCCAAUGGCUCACGGAUAACAACCCGAAUAAGCCGAGGGUGGUGGAGCCCCCGGUGGGCGCGGGGACUCCGACGACGGCGGGGGGGACGAGCGCCGGUGGGGGGUUGCAACCGCAGCAGCAGCAGACAGGGGGACAGACUCAUGGGCAUGAGGGUGCGGGUGGGGUUGCUGUGCAUGUUGUUUGA